CAAGCGCCGAGCGUGAUGUAGAGUUUUAGGGCCUUGGUGUAGAGGCCUUUUGUGAGUGAUUGGUUGCUCAUAAUGAUAUAGGGCUUAGGUGGUAGCAAGAUCAGCAAGGUGGUAGUGAUCUCAGAUCUGCAGAGUAGAAGAGUGGAGUGCUAUAGUCUGUUCCAUAUCAAGCUUGCAGUCGGAGUUUCUUCGGCAGAUCGCUCCUCCGCUCAAUAAUUUGCGUCUUAAAAUGUAAUAGCUGUAUAUACAGAAAUCACGCACUGCUUUCAGCAGGGCACUUCGGCUGCAAGCUUGGAACGGAACAGAGUAUAGAAGUUGUUUAUUUCGACGCGUCCGUUGACUGCUGUAAGGAGAAUGAAGAAACGGAAGCUGCAGGGUCCAAUGGACCACUUUCUCAGACUGGCAGCUAAGAAAAGGCACUCUGAUGCAGUCGAGCCGACGAAUUCUGCUGGUCCGACACAAUCCUCUGCCGAGCCGACACGCUCUGGGCAGCACGCCGAGCCGAUACGGUCCGGGCAGCACGCCGAGCCGACACUGUCCGGGCAGCCCGCCGAGCCGACACGGUCCGGGCAGCCCGCCGAACCACGCUCUGGGCAGCCCGCCGAGCCGACACUGUCCGGGCAGCCCGCCGAGCCGACACUGUCUGGGCAGCUCGCCGAGCCGACACUGUCUGGGCAGCCCGCCGAGCCGACACUGUCCGGGCAGCCCGCCGAGCCGACACGCUCUGGGCAGCCCGCCGAGCCGACACGGCCAGGGCAGCUCGCCGAGCCGACACGUCCCGCUCCAGUCCACGGGCAUCUCUCCGCUGAGCUGAGAGAACCAGCCACCGCACAAGGUGAGCGGGCAAGUAGCUCCGGGGCCGGUGCGAUGCCGUUUCCAUGUAAUCAUCCAGCCACAUCCUCAAUUCCGAAGAAGACCAUGUGCGGGAGAAGCUACGGCUUUGUGAGCGCGUGGUACGAAAAGUACCCGUGGAUAGACGUCAGCAAAGAGAAUCAGACAGUGUUCUGCGUGAUAUGCAGAACUUUCGAGCAACAGCACCCGGAUGCACCAUGCCUGCAACGGGCGUUCACGCGUGAUGGUUUUGGCAAUUGGAAAGACGGAGCCAAGCUGCUGAAGGGACACCAGCUCUCCAGGUAUCACAGGGACGCUUUCACCGCUCUUGUCAAGCAAAAGCCGAUCCUUACCGCCAUGAACUCAGCCACUCGCAAGUCCCAGG